AGUUAACAUUCAACAACACAGGGUUUCCCAUUCCUGAUGGAUAUCGUUUUAACUUUAAUUUAGCUAUUGCAGACGUUUUCUGUUUAUAUCGUGUCACGUAAAAAGCCAGGCAUACGUAACAAACCGCAUCGCAGCUUUAUACAAAGUGUAGACAUCUCUCUGUUAUACGGUAUCACCCCCAUCAUGGUCCCGGUUGUUUCUGUAAAAGCCAAGAUCCAGAGUAAUUGGAUAUAGUAGCUGACACUAUGUGCUUGUUUGAGAUAUAUUGUGGGAUCAUCCUGCUUACUGGAUGUUUCAACAUACCAAAGGUUCACAGUCAGGUCACCGACGGGGUUUACUCGAAAAUUCGGAGUGGUCACGGCCAAUCAGGAGCGACCUUACAACAACCAAUCAGGAGCGAUCUUAUUACAGCCAAUCAUCCAAGCCUUGACGUAACAAAGGCUUCAUUUCAUUGUACAGCCGAGAACGUUUGUAAUUGCCAUCGUACUAAGGACAAUGUUCUCGUGGCCGACUGUUCAUAUUUAAAUAUCGAAACAGUUCCACGUUUUCACCCUAACGUGACAGUUAUCCAUCUACAGGGAAACAGGAUUACAAACUUCUCCGGUGAAGGGGUUCCAACUUCGGUUGCAUAUCUGGACCUUUCAGAAAACAAGUUAAAAACGUUCAUCGGAUUCCCAUUCAAGGACAUGAACAAAUUAGAAAACUUGGAUUUAAGCAAUAACAAAUUGCAAUAUACUAAAGCGACGUAUAACGAAAACAUUUUUCAGGGAUUGUCUAGUUUGAAAAAGUUGAAUUUAAAACGGAACAAUAUGAAGUUUGCAAUAAGACACUUACAGUUUCCAGUCAGUAUUUCCCAACUGAAAUCACUAGAGACACUGCUGGUAGAUGGGGUGGAUUUAGUAGGUUUUGAUGAUAGUUUUAUGCUGUUGACUCAGUUAAGUACUUUAGAUUUAUCCGGAAAAACGGGGGUAUGUCACAUCAGAACUGUAAGAUCCAGCUUCUUUCGGAGUGUUUCUAAUGUUGCUAAUUUGGAUAUUUCUGAUUGCAAUAUUCAAAUGAUUGAACUCGGAACGUUUCGUGAUUUUAAAUCUCUUCACACACUUAAUAUUUCUUCUAACGAAUGUCUGACAUUUCGAGUCCUAUCAAACGUCUCAAAUGACGUUCAGUACACCCCAGUACGUAUCCUGGACGUCAGUCGGUUACACUGUACAUUUGGUCCUAGUACAGUGAUACACAAGGACGAUAUAAAACAUCUGUAUUACACUAACAUCACACAUUUGUACCUAGGGAGUAAUCGGCUGUCUGUGCUUGAAACCGGUGCGGCAAGAGAACUCCCAAGAACUCUCAAAUUUCUAUCCGUCGCCGACAACGACCUAUCUUUCGGACUGUACUAUAUUGAACUUAUGUCCGGAAUGCCAAAUAUAGAGAUCAUCCAUGCGGAACAUCAGGGGAGUCCCCAUAAUCUGGAGUCAGGCAGUAGCGACUGUAAUGAUUGGCGGGCACCACCAUCGUCCCACAACCAGAUAACAUUCGGCCAAUCUACUUCAGAAUUACACAGCUGUAACAGAAAUCCUAUUCGGAAGUUAGGUCACAACAGUAACAUUUUAACCAAUUUCCCCUUUCCUCAUUCGUUAAGAGAGUUUUAUUACAGUAACAAUGCAAUGAAUUUUGAAAUAGGCUUUGUAGAUGCCCAAAAAAAUAAUAUUAGAAUUCUUGACUUAAGUAAUAACUUAUUCCAUUCAUUGAGAGGCCCAUUGGUCAAUUUGAAACGUGUUCAAUAUAUUGAUUUCUCGAAUAACUAUUGUACUUACGUUUCCGAGUAUUUCUUUUCCUUGGAUAAUGUUAUCAAAACGCUAUUGAUUCAGAACAAUUUGUUAGGACUUGUGCUAUAUAAAGAUACUAGUGGAAACAUCUUCAGGAAUUUGACGAAAUUAGAAAUGCUUGACCUAUCCUCAAAUCACAUCUACAAUUUACCGCCACUUCUUCUAAAGAACCAAUACAAAAUGAGAAUUCUAAACCUGAGUAAUAACGCGUUAAACGAGUUUAGUUUGGACUUGUCACAUAUGAAACACUUACAGUAUCUGGACCUGACGCAUAACCAACUGAAAACGAUCAAACCGGACCAGAGGGACCAGAUCGAUAAGUUAAGGGGCAACAAUGUGACGCUUAAUUUAGAAGGGAACCGUAUGACCUGCUCCUGUGACCAGCUAGACUACCUGAAAUGGUUAGAUCAUAACAAAGGUUUAUUUGUCAAUUUUCAUACGUAUGAAUGCGAAUUUCCCAAUGGAACUCGAAUAUCUUUUUCAAACUUUGACCAAACUUUAACUGAAGUAACAAAGUCAUGUGACAGCUACAUCGGUAUUAUAGCCGUGUUUGGAUCAAUGAUCGUACUGUCAAUAUCCCUGACUAUCUCCGGUAUCGUGUACCGGUACAGGUGGAAACUACGGUACCUGUUCUACCUGGCAAGGAUCCGACGUGGCGGUUACACCCCUGUCGUUAGUGCGGUUGACGAUGAUGACUACGAGUAUGAUGCUUUCAUAUCUUAUUGUUCGGGGGAUUAUCUGUUUGUUCUAAAACAGGUAGUUCCCAAUCUCGAAGACAGUAAGGGACUAAAACUGUGUCUUCAUCAACGGGACUUUAUCCCCGGACAGGAGAUAGCGCAAAACAUCACUAAUGCUAUUCACCGAAGUCGGAAAACCGUCGUCUUACUGUCUAGGAAAUAUCUCGAUUCCUACUGGUGUAAGUAUGAAUUCAACAUGGCCCGAAUGGAGAGUAUAUAUUCAAGGGGAGGUAACACCGUUGUUUUGCUGGUUUUCUAUGAGGAUAUUCCGUCCAGAGAGUUACCGUUUACAAUGAUGGACCUGAUAGAUAAUGAAUCCUACAUUGAGUAUCCCCGUGACGACACCCACGGUCAGGUAGUAUUCUGGGACAAAAUGGCUAAGUCGAUUUCUCCAUAUCCGACAAUUAACGUAUAAAUACGUGCCUAGUUCAUCGUGGCAGUAGGAUUCACCAGCAUCUGACAUAUACUGUAACCCAUAAUUAGCCAGUAUUUUCCCACAUCUUCCUUAGAUGUUACAUUAUUCCCCCCUCCGAGAAGACUCGUCCCGACACAUAGCCUGGGGAAUCCCGUAGGUCAUCUCUGUGUAGAACUGGUCUUCCAUGAUCACACACCGCUACCACCUUAUGUAACGUGCGGGCAGUCCCCCAUCCAACUAGUGAUCACGCUCGACGUUGCUGAACUAGUGAGCGGGUCCCCGGGCUAUACCGCACUGCUGGAAAAGCAAGCUUGCCAGUAAGGCAGUAUUUUCUCUCAUAUUCCAUAGAUGUGAGAAUACUACACAUCAUCACAGACUAAACAAUUCAACAAAUAUUGUUUAAUAUUCCGCUUCUCAAUAAGUCAGUCCUCGAACAAAGUGGGGUCUUAAUUAUUUUACCUCCUUUUCAUAAUUCUUCCGCAAACUUUUUGUCCGACGCGUUACUUGUAUUGCUUUUUUUUUUAAACUGCUUGGUUGAUUUUAAGGAAACAUGGCAUAUUUCAUAUUUAUUGGCAUAAGGUGGAGUGCAAGUGACUAUUUUUUUAUCAGUUAAAAACGUUGCGAACUCAUUUUCCGUUUUUCAGAAAUUUGUUGUGCUGGACUAUUGAAGAACAAACAUCUAUCAAUUUUAUCAAAGAUAGCCUCCAUAAUCUAAGGGUCGAAAUCAGAUAUUGUUUGAUUUUGCUCAAAUUUAGUUUGAAGGCGUUCUUACAUUUCGUGGUUUGGCAAGAUCGUAGUCUUACUCAUUUGCAUUCUCACCUGUAAAUAUAUUGUUAAUAUUACUUAGUUGUCUGUACAUUAAAUAUACUUUUAAAUUAAAGUUUAAUUCAUUCAUGUUCAAAUCAGAUUGAAGUAUUCUACUAAAUGCUGAAAUAAGAGUCAAAUGUUGACUUCGUGUAUGUUUAACUAUAAUGAUCACAGCAAAACCUUAAUAUCUCCAAUGUGAGAGUGUAACGGAUCUUUCGAAACUGCUGCACAUUAUUUUUCUGAAUGUAAUCAAUAUAAUAAUAUUCGCCAGACUCUCCACUAGAGUUUGAAUCAUGACACAAUCAUCUGUGUAUAAAUGUCCUACUAAAUGGUUGUAAUAGUUGUAAUGAUAUACAAAAUAGAGAUAUCUUAUCUCAUGUAUCAAACUUUAUAUCGCAAUCAAAAAGAUUUUCAUUAAUAUAAUAUUUGACUUCCCGUUACUAUUUUUUGGAACAUAAUUAUACAUUCUUACAUUCGGUUUUUUUCUGGGUUUUUUUCAAGUUAUAUGUAUAAAAGAUUUAUACACAUUUAAUUAAAGAAUUACUACAUUACUUACAGGAGUUGGUGUAGCCCUAUUUACAAAUUCUAUAUCUAUUUGCUGAAAUUGGCUUUUGAUCCUUAACAGUGUGUGAUGGCUAGUGUGUUAUACAUAUGGACUGUAUGGCCUGUAUCUGUUGAGGGAAUAAAUCCAAUAUCACCAAAUAUUUAUACUCAACAAUUUACCUUAUAUGAAUACCAGUAACUCAUUGUCUAAUACUUGAAACUAUUCACUGAAGAUAAUAGUCUAGUAAAUAUCUCAAAUUAAAUCUCAAGAAUACUGAACAAGUCUGUUUACAUCAAGGAGUUACUUCCCCUUAUCCCAAACAUCAUAUCAAUGUACAAAUAUAUGUCUGUGUUUCUUACCACCUGUUGUCACUUUAAGGAGAGGACUUAGAUAGGCUAUGCCUGAUGUCUGAUCCUAUUGACAAUUGCUUAUAUUGUCAAUAAAAUUUGUUGAAAUUGAAAUUGAAUACCUUAACAUUAAGGUACUCACCCUUAUUUAACCGGUAUCGUCGUCAUUGCGUUUUUUCAUUUUAUCGAUUAAAAAAUCAUUAAAUUU